AGUGACUGAUCCACAAGUAACAUAUUUGGUUCCUCUUGCUGAAAUAGAUUACUUCAUUUAGUUCAAGUGAUGAUUAAAAAUUUUGAUCAUAUUUGUACGGCAUCUGAUUAAAAGAAUUUGGAGCUAUGUACUUUAUCAUUGAAAUGUUUAAAUUUGAUAUUUCAAAAUAAUAUUUGUAACAAGAAAAACCAAUGAAUAAUGCCUACAAAACUCGAUCUUCACACAACCCUUCUAAAUUCGAUAACUAAUACAAAAUCAACAAAGCAAAGACCAUAUCAUAGAAACUAAAUGAAAAAUCUUUGGAAAUCCCCAAGAUUCGUAAAAGAAAUUCCGAAAAACAUUUUUACUAAGUGAGGUUACGUCUUUAACAACAUCCAUCGAAACCGAACCCCGCAACUCCAAAAAAAUCUCACCUGCAACGCAUCCAAUCUGAAUAAUCGCCAGCAUCAGUCCAAGGGUGUAUAACCGCAUCCGAGACCUUUUCUCGAUCAUUUUCUUCCCUAAAAUCGAACCGACAGAUCGAGGGAUAUAUCAAAGCAAUAGCGUCUGUCGUCGCAAGCAGCCGACGAGUUGGACAGUCGCGAGUGGCGCUCCGCAAUCAAAUCGCCCGUGCGCACGUGUCAGCGUGGAAUCGUAUGCGCAGUAGUAGACACGGUCACGGGGUUUUCUCGCGACGGGUGGGAGGUGCCUUGAUCAUAUGAUCGAUUUUUCAGUUGUGAGAGCUGCAAGACACCUCCCUGGUCGUAUAAAGUCAUACAUUGUCGUAAGAUAAUUGAAUAAACAUGGCCAGUCAGACGCAGGGAAUCCAGCAACUUUUGGCGGCCGAGAAACGAGCUGCGGAGAAGGUGUCCGAUGCACGAAAACGCAAGGCCCGCAGGUUGAAGCAGGCCAAGGAGGAGGCUCAGGAUGAGAUCGAAAAGUAUAGGCAGGAAAGGGAGAAGCAGUUCCGUGAGUUUGAGGCCAAACACAUGGGUUCGAAGGAGGAUGUGGCUGCCAGAAUCGAUGCUGACACUCGAGUUAAGAUCGAAGAGAUGAACAGCCAAUUGAGCACUCACAGGAAUGCUGUUAUGAUGAAGAUUUUGGAUUUGGUCUAUGACAUCAAGCCUGAGCUGCACAAGAAUUACCAUGUUGAGGCCUGCUAAACUGUGGUGUAGGAGCUUGAAUAAAAAAAUAAACGAAAAGUAUUAGCCAACGCUCCCCCUGCUUUGGGACUAUCUGUUACUUCUAAGCAACUGCAAUGUAACAAAUUUUACCUGCAUAUUAUUUUCGUAUUCUUGUUAUUUCAGUUAAUUUCUUUUUGAUCAAAACUUAAUUUGUUCGUAUAAGAGCUGUAAGCUUGUCUAAUGUAACAAAAUAAAAGUUAUUAAAUAGAAAUUUUUGAUUUUCUCAUUCAAAAGUUGUUCUUAGAUAUCUACUAUUUUAGUUUUUAAAAUUAACAAAUGUGCAUAAUCUAUUGUAUGUUAAAAUGUGAAUAAAAGAUGUUAAAACUCUA